AGAAGAAAUGAAGCGAAACUAUUCCAGCUUUUUACUUAAAGGAAGUAUGCUAUCCUUGCCUACAAUUGAUAAGAUUAAAGAGAGGGUAAAAUCUAGGAAAAGAGUGUCAUCACAGCCAAAAUGAAGCAUAAAAAUUGAAAAGAAAUAAAUUUGACAAAUCUACACAAAUCUCGAAACCUUCUCUUCUUGAACCAAGGGAAUUCCAGCUUCUAUCUGAAGGCAGAAGACCCAACACAAAAAUCUCUCUCGAUGUAUGAAUCAGCUACAUUUUUAGAAGAUUCAGACCGGAGAAAGGACAGAUGGAAAGCCACUUUUCAAUUACUGAUUAACUCUAAUGCAAGAGGUUCCAAGUCUUGAGUAUAAAAUCAAAGCUCAGAAGUUAUCAAACCAGCUUACUGAAGAUAGAAAUAAAGAUCCAACAUCUAUCAAAACCCCGACAACUAGUAGAAAUUCCUUUAUCCCAAAACAGCCUUUUAGAAAAAGUUUUUAUAACGGAAAGCGGAGGGAGAGGAAGAGCAAGCAUGGUUAUCAACUUCCUCAACUAAAUAUGCCUUCUCAUAAACAUUCUAGAAAUUAUCAUGAGAAUGAGUUUACCUCCAAUAAGGAGAAGAUACCAGCAAAUCUUUCUUUAGGGAAUUUUAAUCAUGACUCUAAGAAAAGUGAUGCUUCGAAUAAAAAUGGCAAGAAAGAGACAGUAUUUUCUCUAGCAGAGAGGUAUAAGGCCAUUAUAGCCCCUUCUGAUGGUAAAAAGAGGCCUGAUCCUGGGUCCCGAAACACUCUUCUGAAAAAUAUAACCCCUGAAAAAGUCUUAAAGGCAUGCAAAAGUCAAAUUUCAUCACUGAAACUUCUUAGAAAGAAUACUCCUGCUGAAAUAUACAAAUAAGGCUUUCUCUCCCUCUAGAAUGUUUAUCAGGAAGGACUCAAAUUCCUCAAAAAUGAAAGAAAAGGAAGUUAUUCUCAAUUUUAUCACGCUUAAUUCACAAUUUCACAACCAUGCAAGUGAGGUAAGCCAUAACUUAGCUCAAGAUAAAAGCUGCUGGGGUUAAAAGGAGCUACAUAUAUAAGAAUUUGAUGACUUUCUCAACUAAAAUUAUAUUCAUUUUUAUCCCUUAACACUCUGAUCUAAAGCUUAAAAUAAGAAGCUUGCCCUGAAUAGGAUUUCAGAUGACCAGUGUACAUAAAAUUGUGGACUUAUACAUCUUGGGGGACCUACAAGUGUAUCUUGGAACAUCUUUAGUUAGUAAUCGUUUAGACCUACUCAUCCUUUUUAACUACCAAUUGUUUUCUACUGAAAGUCUCCAAUUUUGCUUAAGAAUCUCAAGGGAUUAAUUAAACUUCCUCGAUCUUUC